AUGCAAGCAGCCCAGACCGACUAUUCAGAAAAUGUUUUGACAGAGACCCACCCCGGUACCGAUGUCAAAAGACAAUUGUUCUUGAGGGAUCCCUCUUACCCAUUGCCUCGAGGAUGUAUCUCGUCAACGCACAAGAUGAGCGUGAGAGAUGUCAACAAUGGUCUCUCCGCCAUCGACUCGCUAAAUUUCUUCCAAGAUAGUCUCCAGACCCCUAGUCACUUCAAGAUCUGCCCGCCUAGAGUCAAAGGUGGAAGACCCUCUACUACCGAUGCCGCUCUGAAUACAAUAUACAUCACCUCAAGGAAGUCCAACGAUACAACGGCUGUCUUACAGUCAGAGUACGAUCACACAUUCGGUUCAAAAGAUGUUACUGCCACUUUUGAACAGAUUGUUAAGUUCACAUUGGACACCUUACCUGAAGAAUACCUUAAGUAUAUCAGAGGAAUGGAUCUGUUGGCUAAGUUCAGCUCGGUUGGAUGUACGAUCAGAUCAAUCGACUCUGUCAUUCCUACCAUCACGGGUACUCUGCGAGAUCAUCUCAAGUCCCAAGAUGGUUGUUUGAGAUACGUCCCUAUGGGUUACCCCCCAGUCAUUCGAUCAGGAUCAGAAGGAUCAUAUCAAUGGUCAUCUGUGGCUGUACCCAACUGGAUUGAAAUCACCUUCCAAGCCGACUCGGAUGACACUGUAGUGCACCACCGAUAUGAUGACAAAUCAGCAAGAGCACUAUUGAGGACUCAUUUGGGUGAGAAAGCGUUUGUGAUACCCGCCACGAGUGUUCUCAAGGUCGAUGCUCAAGUACAACCUUGCCAUCAGGAGAUACAGGAAGCAACGAUGAUUGCACAUGGGGUGAACCCUGCAUUUUGGGGACACACUACGAGGCAGUGGUAA